AAUAACGAGACCAUUUGACCAUGUGAUGAGAUUGUAUUUAAGAAGAAAGAAGAACCCACUAAUUCAAAAAGAUUGGUAGGAUCUGGAAAAGACAGUGUUAAAAUAGUAUAAUACCUUAUUCAUAUGCUGUUGGGUUUUGGCAAUAUGAAGACUGCUGUAGCAUUCCUGUUUGCUGUAACAAGCCUAGUGUCAGGAGUUAAUGCAAGAGCUUGCUGCAGUGAUGGCUGGAUACCCUAUAAUGGUCAUUGUUACUACAUUGGUUAUGGGACGCCUCUUUCAUUUUUUGAUGCACGGGUGUAUUGUCAGAACCGCGGAGCUUACCUUGUACGACUGGACACGCCUGCUGAAAACAUUUUUUUGGCAGAUUUUUUAAGGAAAACUAAAGCUGGAGAUACGUGGAUGGGAUUGUCCGACCUUCAUCAUGAAACAACAUGGAAAUGGUAUGACACAAAUCAGCAGGCUACAUUCUUUGACUGGGCCGCCGGGGAGCCGAACAAUUAUGGUGACGGCGGUGAAGACUGUGCACACUUUAGAAGUUAUGUUAACUACAAGUGGAACGAUGCGCCUUGUAAUCAUAAUAAAAUUAUACCAUUGUGCGAAAUUGAAUUCAAUUAAAUUGAAGUGAUAAUU